GUUGAUGUAAAGAAAUUGGAUUACAGAUGCUCCCCUCAUCGGCUUUUCUCAAAUUUUUCCCAUAUGAAUGGGGCGCAGAAAGAGGUGGUCAAACAAAUGGGGUUCGGCACACUACUGGGGAUGAAAGAUUGUACCGUUAGAAGAAAUCUCAUAACAUGGUUGGUGUCCUGCUUCAACGUUGAAGAUGGGAGUUUGGAAGUCCACAGUAAACAAUUUAAGUUGGAUAGUAAAAUUUUUACCGCUACCAUGGGGGUUAAGGACGGAGUUCAAGAUUUAGUGGACAGUGUUAGUGGCGAUGAGCCGAAUGAUAAGGGGGAAAGAUUAUCUUUGUCAGUUCUAGAGUUCAAACUAAAACAAAAUCAAUCAACCAACAUGUCUUUCAUUCGAGACUUCCUUUUGUUCCUUGUGUCCUCCUUUCUGAUGCCGAAAAAGGGACUAAAAAUUUCGCGAGAUUUCGACGGUCCUAUACUUGCCAUAAAAGACAUUGCAACUGUCUCUCGGGUUAAUUGGGCCUCAAUGUCUUACAAGUUUCUGUGGAAAAGCCUUCGACAGUUUCGUGCCAAACCAACCCAGUUUGUGGGAGGAUGCAUCUACUUCUUGCAGGUUUUUUAUUGUCAUCACGUUGCCUGGAAGGAAGGCUAUGUCGAUAGAAGCCUGUGCCCUUUAAAUGUUUGGUCCGAAGAUGAUUUUAAGGCCGUCCUUGAUUGGGUAGAGCAGCAAGGGGGGUUUCAGUCAAACACAAUACCAUUGUUAGAAUUGCAGGAUGGGUUGGUUGAGUUGAAGUUGCCCGCUACGAUCUCAUCCCUAUGUACUAUGGUUGCAUCACUGCAGAAGAAAAUGAUCGAUCAAGAGAAUCAAAUUGUUAAAUUAGAAGAGGUGAUUCAAAGGAAAAUGUUUAGUGAAUUUGAAAGAUUACGUAAAAGCUUCAGUCGUUCAAUAAGUUCAACUGCGGGUGGUCCUGCCAUUCCCGACUCCCGGAAAGAGAAGGAGGCUCACGGAGGGGAUGGAAGGAAGUUCAUGGACGACCCUAUAGAGGGGAACCUUCAGUUGAACAAUGGGACAAGUUGGACCAAGGUUUUGAGUCGGAGUGACCCAAUGUUGAUCGAGUGUGGUGCUGGUUUUAUGGAUGAAGUUGAAAAUUCUUUUGCAAAAGCUCCCGUUUCAUACAACGACAACAACGGUGUGGAAAUGGAGCAUGAUUUGAAUGAUUUUCAACCAAUGGCUGCACCCCCUAGUGAACAGAACGAUGUGGUAGAAGCAGCUACUGAACUGGCUGCUUCGCAGACUAAGUCGACAGGUUCCGACAAGGAGACUAAAGCAGUGUCAGUGAAAAAAAGAUUAUUCAAAACAACUGCUCAACGUAGACCUGUUGAGAAGGAGAGGGAAGGGGUGAACAGGGGAAAAGGGAAGGAAAUAGUGUUGUAUAACAUUAUUUCUGAACAUAAUAUCGAUGGUGGUACCGGUGAUCGCGUCAUUCACGAAAUAGAGGACGAUGACGACUUCAACAUUGAUCCUGCCAUUCGUAAGAGAGACGCACAACUAUGCAAAGAGGACAAGUUAUUUGAGAAUAUGGUCGCCACGUAUAUGGGAAGCGACAGCUACCAGGUUGGGGCAUUUAAAUUCAAACAUUCGGUAUCCGUGGCUAGUUUCCAGCUUGGACUGUUCCUUUUUGAUAACAGUUUGUCAUUGAGGGAUGUUUUGGUGGAUACUCACGUGGUAAAGGUGGAGCGUUGGUACUUCAGAAGCCUCAGACCAGAAGGUCAUGUGGAUGUGAAGAUUAUUGAUGCUUUUGGGUCUGUAUUACGAGGAAGAUAUGCAUGUGAUGUCCCCCGACUUGAAGAUAUGAAGACUCUCAUUUUGCCAUCCUUUGCCCCCCAUAUGCAACGUGGUCAGGGUGGGAAGUUUUGGGAGACUGGGAGCUUUGACUUCCUCGGCGGAGAAGUGGAUGCGACAAAGUUACUAAAGAACGUGGAUAAGAUCUUGGUCGCUUUGAAGGACGUGGAAAACAGUCAUUGGAUACUUUGUAUUUUGGACAUGAAGAGGAAGUUCGCAUCAUACUGGGACUCUAUGAAGACCGGAUGUUCGAAAAUGCACAGGAUCCAUUUGCUUAGUGGAAUGUUGAAUAAGCUAGAUGACUUGCUACUGUCGUCGAUGGAUGAUGUAUACGUAGGUCGACCGGUGUUCAAAGUUUUUGGUAUAGUCCCCGCUCCACCACUACCCCAGUAGGAUAAUGGCCAUGAUUGUGGUAUUUUCGUCAUGCACUAUAUGGAGUGCAUUGUAUUUGGACAAUCUCCUCGCACCACCUACAAGGUUGACCAUAGUGAAAGAUUCCGGUUAGCAGUCAAUAUUCUUACAUCCGAGUCAAACAGGCUGUGUUUGAAGGCCGCACGAGAUGCGGCUGAUUAUUACAACACAUGUUUAAGUGAACGUAGUCCAAGCUUAAAGAAAGGUGUUUGUCUCCCCCCAAGUCAUUCACCUUCCAUUUCCAUGCAUUCUGUGAAAAAGGGAAGAGGCCAACCCUGGUCUAACCCUCGUAAGAGAAAGAGAAAGCCAUGAAUGAGUUCCACCUUUCCUCAGUUGUGUUUGGUAGUAGGCGCUGUAGAACUAACAUGUAGGAGUUCGUUUUUUAUACCAAACAUAUUCUACCCCGUCUCACUAAAUUAAUCGUUAGUUUUGUAAAUAUUUUUUGGGAAUCAAUUUAUGUUCAGUGGGGAUGUUUUUGUUCUCCUUGUAUUCGCACAUAUGUGGAAUUAGAAUUCCAAACAGAGGACGAUUUCACUAUGGAAAUUUUUUGUAAUUCAGUGAAAUGAAUGUAUUUUAUGGUGGGGGUGGAACGAGAGAGGAAU